UAACAUGGAAAUAUUUCGCCGUAGGGUUCCCUCUCCUGAGUUGCUUUUUACAGAGUAGAUUAUUGUUAUCAUUAUAACAUAUGACCCCAGAAAAUAUUUUUAAACAUUUCCUAAAUUAUUUUUUAGUCUAUCUUGUAUAAGAUUUGCAAUAUUAUGUUUGAAAGUUUUACCCGAAAUAGUAAAUCCUGAUAUGUAUCCGUUCUGCAUUAUAUUAUUUUUACAAAUAUACACUGGAUAUGCAAGAUUUUGUGAAGAAGAUGCUUUUCUUAUUCCCUACCAUUGGAAAGAUCAGCGAUGCUUUUCAACAGAGCCAGAUUGUAUACCAUUAAAAGGGAGCUGGUUUGGCGAAAGCAGAGGUGAAACUUUAUAUUGUUAUAGUUUUAACAUGGAGGCAGAAAAUAUUUCAUCAUCGUUUAUUGAAAGUGUAUCGAAUUAUCAUCCAGAAGCAGAUCAUUCAAUAUUUGCUUAUAAUGAUGUGAGCCUUUUUCCAACACAACUUUAUAUAUCCAAUAUACUACCAGGAUCAUUUGAAAAAGUUAACAAUAGCUUAACUGAAUUAUAUUUUGAUCUAAAUAAUAUUCAAAUUAUAAGAAAAGGUGUAUUUAACUGUUUGGGUAGGCUUAGAAUAUUAAGUUUCAAAUUUAAUAAAUUGGAGAUUAUUGAAGAAGAUGCAUUUUCUGGUUUAGAAAAGCUAACACAUUUAGAUUUAAAACACAAUUUCAUUUAUCACCUAAAUCAAAAUACAUUUUACCCCUUAAAAAAUUUGUACUUAUUAGACAUUUCUAAUAAUUUUAUAAAUACUGCUAACCAAUCUCAUUUAAGAUUUACCAGUAUUACAGAAUUUUAUCUUGAUUAUAAUAAAAUUCACCAACUGCAAAAUGUUAUGUUUAAUAAUGUAUCAGUUAAUAUUUUAGAUAUAAGUCAUAAUAAUUUAAGCGUUAUUGAACCCGAAGCUUUUCUUAACCAAAAUAACUUAUAUGAUCUUAAUUUAAAUAAUAAUAAAUUAGAUAAACUUUCAAGUAGUUUACAUUAUUUACUUGGUUUAAAAAAACUGGAUUUAUCUUACAAUAAUCUGCAAACAAUUUCUAUGGGCUUCUUUGACCAUUUUAAUUAUUUAGAAAGUUUAAAUUUGACUCACAAUAAACUUGUUUCUGUUCUUGGAUCUAAUGUUUUAAAUGUAAAAUACUUAGGACUCGCUUAUAACAAAAUAAAGGAGUUUGAUAUCAAAUCAUUAAAAUCCUUCCCCAAAUUAAAUCAAAUAUCAUUAGAUGGAAACAUGUGGGAUUGUAAAAUUUUAUCAAGUGUAGCCCAAGAACUAUCUUCCCGAUCAAUUGUAAUUAAAAAGGGACACGAGCGUAAUUUAAUUAAUGUUUUGGGCAUAGAAUGCUCGGAAUCUAACGAUACAACUAAAACAACGAUUGACGUUAAAAACUCUUCUUUUUUUAAAUAUCUCGAGGAAGGUUACAAAAAGAGUAAUUUCUAUAAGUAUUUGGAUUCACUUAAUAACACAUCGAUUGAUGAUAAAAACACUUCAAUUUUUAAAUAUUUUGAGGAAGAUUACAAGAAGAGUAAUUUUUUUAAGUAUUUAGAUUCAUUUAAUAAGGACACCUUAUUAGAUCAAAACACUCCAAUUGUAAUAAUUCUAAUUACUACUAUUGUAAUUUUGGUAGAUUUUCUAAAAAAUUGUAUUAAAUAAAUACCUAUGUAUAUUACUACUUUUUAGUAGGUUGAUUUAUAAAAUUCACAAAAAUGUUAACUAAAAAUAAAUAUUUUGUC